UUGCGUUAACCGGAUAGUUCCCCUGUCCUGCUCUGUUGGAGGGGGGUGUCUCCAGCUGUCCGUCCAACCAUCCAUCCGUGGCACUGCUCCCCUUCCUCCCCAACCGUUUACGACUGAAUCAGUUGUAAAAUGUCUUUCGGACGACAAGCAGUGACACUUGCGACAGUUCCUUCACAUUUUUACCAUUUCAUCUGCACACCGACGAACUUCUAAAACGGUGACACCUACGAUAAUCUUCAUAGGAAAUUAACAUCCGGUUAAACUUCUUCGGAAAUUUAUUUCCUUUUUCUAUUAUGUUGAAGAUGCUUAUUUGUUUUGUUACGAGAAUUAUCCUCGAGUAUUAGUUAAGAUAUAAUAAUAUGACAAUCGCUGGUAAUUUCUAAUGUUUGCUAGCUUUGAUUAAUUGGGAUAGCUUUGAAUGACAGUUCUGAAAUCAGAUGAAAUUUACCAAGAACUGUUUUACAUCGCAUGAAAAAUUUUCAAGUAACUACCUUCCUCUCCUUCCUACGUUCUGAAGAAAUUCUAGAGAAUUUUUACCAGAAAAAACAUCCUAAUUUCUUUGUGACAAAUCAAAUGGAAGAUCUUCAUUCUUAACCCUUGAAGCAAAUUUACAAGAAUUGUUCCAUCACGUUGAGAAAAAAUUCUUAGAAAUCUGCGUGUACUUCGAAGAACAUGUAUAUAACACUGACUAUUUUUCCAGAAAGCAGUAUCUCGGAAUAAAACUUCUUGGCUCUAGCAUUUAACAAGCUUCCAAAUCUUCCGUAGAUGCAUCAGUUUACCAUGUUCACAGACGGAGCCCACAUAGCUAUGGAAUCAUCUGUUCACCAAACACGUAAAAUAAAACAAUGUACUAGAAAAGCAUAAAACUUAAGCAAUAUUUGGAACUUCCUGUGCUCUGAAAUGGAAGAUUCAAGGCCAACCAUUGACAGGCAGCCUAACAGAUUCUCAUUGUACAGUAUUGAGAGACUUUUGAAUGCCAGCAGGGAUGUCGUACGAAGGCCGAACAUAGGUGAUAUUCAAGACGUUGUGGGACAUAGAGGUAAAGCAGAGGGUGCCAUCGAUUUCAGCGUGCAUGCCAGAAGCGACCCAACAGCUGCUCUUCGAGACACUUUAUCCAGGCUAGUUCAUCGCCAGGACAGGAGUUCGUUGUCUGAUCUGGGAGUAAUCAAGGAUGAGAAUCCGCCUGGCUCAUCGUCGGCCGAGCCACCCGACCAGCAGGCGAGAGGACCCCUCCACUCACUGGAAUCUACGGAGGAUGGUGAUACUGCUGGAGGGGGAGGAGCAGACAAACCCCGGAAGAUUCGUCGCAGCCGCACUACCUUUACCACCUACCAACUCCAUCAGCUGGAGAGAGCUUUCGAGAAGACUCAGUACCCAGAUGUCUUUACAAGGGAGGAACUGGCGAUGAGGCUGGACCUUAGUGAAGCCAGAGUUCAGGUUUGGUUCCAGAACAGACGCGCUAAAUGGCGCAAACGUGAAAAAGCCAUGGGUCGAGAUAGUCCCAAUCUACCCUCUGGAGUCGAUCUCUUAAUGGGACCACGAACGGAUCUUCCGUCCCUCUACCCGGGCUCUGCUCCCCACUUACAUGGAGGAAUGCCCAUUACACCUUCUGAUCAUCACCUCUGGCCAUUACCAACUGGACUCCAAAAUCCUCUUGGUCUGUCACAUAUGCUGAACUUUAAUAGCAACAAUUCUCCCGGGUUGGGUCCUCCAAGUUUCUUGGGACAUCACCACGGUCCUUCUUGGCCGAAAGCAGUGACACCUCUUAGUUCAGCGUUACUAUCAGUGUACAUGCUCAGCUCUGCUGCUGCUGCGUCUGCGUCCACAUCUUCCUCUACUACAGCACCCUCAGUGACAAGCUUUGCGCAUCAUCAUGCUUUAUCAGCAGCUAAAACGUCUUUUCUCGGACAGCCGCACCUACAACCCAGCUUCCUUGGAAUGGAUUCUGGACCUAUGGUCAAAGGACUCGAUCCCAAUAGAUCAAGCUUGGAUAUUUUGCGUUUGAAAGCCAAAGAGCAUGGGAUGGAAAGAUCCACUUCCCCUACUACAGCUUCCAGGCCGAGUUCUUCCUCUUGAGCAGGGAAAAUAGUAAUUAAGAUAGCUCUUAAUAAUAUUAAAUAUUCGCUCUUAGAGAGACGUUGUUAUGAAUUUCAUGAAUUGCCUAAAAUAGAGAAACUGAGACUCUCAAAUGCUUUUUAUAGUAUUUCGAAGUAAAGAGAGAAAUUUUAGUUCAUUCCUGGUACUUGCUGUAGAAUUCAAUAAAAUGGAAUUACUUUUCUUGGAAAUUAAAAAUUAUGUACAACGUCUACAUAAUACAGCUCAUGUCCAUUAAAUUACAGUGCUUGAAGAAAUAAAACAUAAAUCACGCAUGCUGCAAAUUAUAAAUAACAGAAUCUAAAAAUUUACAAUUAAUUUAGCCAUAUGUAAGA